AUGUCAUCCUCUGACAACGCCAAGAAAGCUGACAAAGACCAGGAUGAAGGAGAGGGAGGAUUCUUCGACAAAGUUAAGGAUUUCAUCCAAGACAUUGGAGAAAAGAUUGAAGACGCAGUCAGCUUUGGAAAGCCUACCGCUGACGUUACUGGAAUCCACAUACCUCAAAUUAGUCUUGAGAAGGUAGAGCUCAUCGCUGAUGUUCUGAUUACAAACCCAAACCCUGUACCCAUCCCUCUUGUCGACAUUGAAUACCUUAUUGAAAGCGAAGGGAGGAAGCUCAUGUCCGGAACAAUCCCGGAUGCUGGAACCAUCGAAGCACAUGGCUCAGAGACUGUUAAAAUCCCCGUGUUGCUCAUCUAUGAUGACAUCAAGAGCACAUAUGGUGACAUAAAGCCCGGGAGCAUCAUCCCUUACUUGGUCAAAGUUAUUCUCCAUGUUGAUGUCCCAGUCAUCGGCAGGAUCUCCUUACCUCUCGAGAAAGCCGGUGAGAUCCCAGUGCCUUACAAGCCAGACGUUGAUAUUAGCAAGAUCAAGUUUGAGAAGUUUUCUUUUGAGGAGGCGACCGCGACUCUACAUCUGAAUCUCGACAACAAGAAUGACUUCGACCUGGGACUUAAUGCCCUGGAUUAUGAGAUCUGGCUCUCCAAUGUGAGCAUUGCUUCCGCUGAGACGAAAGAGUCUACAAACAUUAAGAAGCAGGAAGUAACCACCAUGACCUUGCCGAUCAGCUUCAGGCCUAAGGAUUUUGGGUCUGCUAUGUGGGAUAUGAUAAGGGGAAAGGGCACUGGUUACACCAUAAAAGGGCAUAUUGAUGUGAACACUCCCUUUGGACACAUGAAGAUACCUAUUAGCAGAGAGGGUGGAACAACUCGAUUAAAGAAGGAAGAUGAUGAUGACGAUAACGAUGAGGUAUACUAUGUUGGUUUCUAUAGUGUUUCAUCUACAAUUUCCAUUAGACAUUCAUCAAAUGUUGACUUGAUAAAUACUUGCAUGUACAUUUGGAUAUCCAUAUCACUUGUAUCUUACCCAGUGCCAUUUUAUCUAGGACUAAAAAUUGAGGAAACACACUUUCCUGGAGCUGAGUUAUUGCUUUGAAGUUUUAACAAAUGGAGCCAUAUGACUCGAGAGCACUUUGUAUGCUAAUCAUGUUCUUACAUUUGAAUCGCUGCUAACUGUGAGAAUUUUGAGAUAUAAAAGA